GACAACAAGAUGGCGGCCCUGCGGGACGGCUCGCUCGCCCUGUGGAGUUCCUGACAGCGAGCCUCGAAACUAGAGCGAUGAGCUCACCUCUGGCCUCUCUUAGCAAGACGCGGAAGGUGCCCCUAGAGCCGGAGCCUAUAAAUCCUGGGAGGCGAGGGAUAAGAAUCUACGAAGAUGAAGAUGAGGUGGACAUGGUGAAAGAUGCGCAAGACACAGAAGAAAAGAUCUCGAUCCCUUCCUGCUAUGGAGGCAUUGGUGCCCCUGUCGGCAGGGAAGUUUCACCAUUCAAUGAUGACUCGGGGCCUAUGUCCCCCCUGCCCGGGAAGCUUCGGGAAAUGGAGAAUCAGUUAAAGGUCCUGAAUAAUGAGCUGCUGGCCAAGGACCAGAAGAUCCUGGCCCUGGAAGAGUUGGUGCAAACCCUGCAGGAGCAGCAGCAGCAGCAGGAGCAGCAGCAGCAGCAUCAAGGAGACAGUGCAUCCCUGAAGCGGCAGGAGGAGCUAGAGACACAGUGCAUUCAGCUGCAACGGCAGGUUGGCGAGAUGGAGCGGUUCCUCAGUGAUUAUGGCCUGCAGUGGGUGGGCGAGCCCAUGGACCAGGAGGACUCAGAGGGAAAGGAAGGCGGUGAAAGUGAUGAGCGGGACUGGAUGACAGCCAAGAAGUUCUGGAAGCCAGGGGAUUCUGUUGUGCCCCCUGAGGUGGACUUCGACAGGCUGCUGGCUAGUCUGCAGGAUCUGAGCGAGCUGGUGGUGGAGGGGGAGAGCCAGGUGACACCUGUGCCUGGUGGGGCACAGCUCCGCACCCUGGAGCCCAUCCCGCUGAAGCUCUACCGGAACGGCAUUAUAAUGUUUGACGGGCCCUUCCGGCCCUUCUACGACCCUACCACACAGCGCUGCCUCCGGGACAUACUGGAUGGCUUCUUUCCCUCAGAGCUCCAGCGACUGUAUCCUGACGGAGUCCCCUUUAAGGUAAGCGACCUACGCAAUCAGAUCUUCCCAGAGGAUGGGCUGGGCCCAUUCCCAGGUGAGGGUCGUGUGGUGGGCCGCAAAAUGCGCAAGGCCACGGACAGGGUGGAGGAUCCUACAGGCUCCCGGAUGACUGCUGAGAAAUUUCUGAACAGGCUUCCCAAGUGUGUAAUCCGACAAGGCGAGGUGAUUGACAUCCGGGGCCCCAUCAGGGACACUUUGCAGAACUGCUGCCCAUUGCCUGGCCGGAUCCAGGAGACCAUAGUGGAGACACCUGCCUUGACUUCUGAGCGGCGGAGGAGCCUGGAGUCACCCAGCAUGCCUGUGCCUCUGCACACCAUGCUGCGCAUCAAAUCUGAGAACGGGGAGCAGGCCUUCCUACUGAUGAUGCAGCCCGAGGACACUGUUGGCGAUGUGCGCAAGCUCUUAGCAAAGGCCAGGGGCAUGGAUUUGGCCACCUUUGAGAUCUUCAGCACCUUCCCACCCACGGUCUACAAGGAUGACACAGUCACACUGAAGGCCGCAGGCCUGGCUCCCAGCGCAACGCUGCUGUUACGGGCUCCAAGAGUAAAAGCCUCCCUGUCCAACCCUGGCCCUGGCCCCCACCCUGGCCCAGGCUCACAGUCCUGAAUAAAGUGCCG